AUGAUAAGUUUUUUGUCCAGACCCAUCUACUCCAACCCUACCUUCCAACAGGACCACCAGGGACAAACCCAGGAGGACAAGGCCCUGAGAGAGAGGCUGAAGAGCAGCUGUGGAGGCUGCUCAGGUAGGCAGGUCCUGAAGGUGGUGAAAGAAAUGUUUCCUGUCUCAGACUGGCUGCCGAAAUAUCCAAUCAGAGAGUGGCUCCCCAGUGAUGUCAUCUCUGGUGUGAGCACUGGUCUGGUGUGCAGCUUGCAAGGUCUGGCGUAUGCCAUGUUAGUGUCUGUGGCCCCAGUGUACAGACUCUACUCUGCUUUCUUUCCCAUCCUCACCUACUUCCUGCUGGGCACGUCCAGGCACAUCUCUGUGGGGCCCUUCCUUGUCACAUGUCUGAUGCUGGGAGAGGUAGUGUUGACCCUUACCUCCGAUGACCAAUUCCUGAAUAGCACCAGUGUGAAUGGAUGAAGGGCUGAUGGGAUAGAGGUAGACCUGGAGGCCAUGGAGGCUUACAGGAUCAUGGUAUCCUCCACCAUGACUGUGCUGGUUGGCCCGUGUGCCACCCUUGUCUCUGUGGUGAUGGGAUUGCUCCAGGUGGGCUUCCUGGUACGGUACCUGUCAGACCCCCUAGUGGGAGGGUUCACCACGGGAGCCGUGCAUGUUCUCAUCUCCCAGUUGAAGAUCAUCCUGUCCGUGCCCACCCACAACCACAGCGGCCUCUUCUCUGUGGUGUAUACGCUCACAGAUGUGUUUACCAACAUCAGACAGAGCAACUUACCCGACCUGGCCACCAGAUUGAUUACUUUUGUUGUAGUGAUGAUUGUAAAGGAGGUCAACACCAAAUCCCAGCAGAAGAUUCCCGUCCCCAUUCCUAUUGAAGUGAUUGUGACCGUGGUUGCCACGGGGAUCUCCUACGCCACCAAACUGGAGUCCCGCUAUGGUGCUAGCAUUGUGCACAGCAUCCCCAGGGGGUUCGCUCCAGCUCAACCCCCAAACACUGAGCUGUUUUGGGACAUCUUAGGGUGCAGCUUCUCCACAGCUGUGGUGGGUUAUGCAGUGGCUGUCUCUGGUGCAAAGGUCUAUGCUGGAAAACACGACUACAACAUUGACGGCAAUCAGCUGAUAGCAUUCGGGGUCAGGGAUGUGUUUAGUGGCUGCUUCUCCAGCUUUGUAGCCAGCACGGCCCAGUCUCUCACUGCAGUGCAGGAGAGCACAGGAGGGAAGAGCCAGUGUGUGUUCCUCUUGCAUGUGGCUGGGAUUCUCUCAGCAGUGAUGGGGAUGAUUGGGAUCCUGGCUCUGGGGAACCUUCUGGAGCCCCUGCAGAAGGUGAGGUACAUUUGUAAAUCUGUGUGUGUGUGUUCUGUUGCCAUCGCCAACCUGAAAGGAAUGUUCAUGCAGGUGACCCAGGUUGCCAAUCUUUGGACACAAAACAAAGCCAAUUGUUUCAUCUGGCUGGCUACCUGCAUGGCGUCUGUGGUUCUCGGGCUGGAUCUGGGGCUGCUGGCUGGCCUGGUGUUUGAGAUGGGCAUUGUGGUGGUCAGGACCCAGUUUCCAGCGUGUUCCACACUUGGAAACAUACCAGGCACAGACAUUUACAGGAACAUGAAAGACUACAAGAAUGACACGCUUGUGGAUUGGAUGGCAGAGCUGCUUGUCAGGGUUUCUGUACCCCAGGUCCAUAUUCACAGUCUGGUCCUGCACUUUUCAGCUGUGUCCUUCCUGGAUGUGGUGGCAGCAAAGUGUCUGAAACUGGUGGUCAUGAAAGAAUUCCUCCGUGUUGGAGUGAGUGUCUUCAUCGCCGGCUGUGAUGGCACUAUUGUCAGGAAAAUGGAGUCCCUGGGCUUCUUCGACAAAGCUGUGACAAGAGACUUCCUCUUCCUCACUGUUCACGAUGCCAUCCUUUUCAUCAAACUCCAGGCAGACAAUUGGAACGCACCAGAUGCAGUUGUUGAGAAGCUGUCUCUCAAUCAAUAUACUAAAAAUCCACUCCCUAUGACAAAGACAGAGGACCUGAUUGAGACCAACGACAACCGGCACAGGGCCAUCCAUCAACUCUCCAACUAACACCAAGAAGAGAGCCAGGGCAUCAGGAAGAAAACAGCUCAGCUCUGUUUCUUAUUCAUGAGGAACUGCAGAUGGACUCGGAUUAAAAUAUGACUUUGUCUCAGGUGGACUCACUGUUUACCCACCAAGAGAAGAUCAGGAUAUAGUGGAGGUUGUCACAUAUUUAGUUUAGAAUGCAACCAUAUCCUUAUACAUAGUCAUGAUUAGAUCUGGGUAUGAUUUUCAUAUUUCAUUUUGAACCCUCCAGGCAUGCUCAUUUGAAUGUACGCUUCUCGAUAUGCCAUUGUUUAUUGUGUUUGCGGGUUUCAGAGAAAGAACCACAUCAAUAGGGAAGGCCAGUCAUCUCCGGGUGAGGUGUGGCCCUCUGUGGAGCCACAGUGGAUCUGUGUUGUAAACACUUGGUUUCCUCCCCACCAUGGGCACUCCCAAGGAGGCGGGGGUGUCAAAUGGAAGCAUGAAACAGAUAGAUGGUACAUCUCCGCUGCAGAGUCCUCGGUCCUGUCGACAUGAUGCAAUAAAGAAAGCUUUAGGUGUGUUUGUUUGUGAAGGAUUACAUUUUGCACUCAGUAGCUAUUGUUGUAUAUUCAAAAAGGAACAAAUUCAAACUAGUAGAACACUGGACACUGGCACCUCUUUCUGGCUUUUGAUUUGAGAUGUUUGACGAUGUGAAUUUUACCAUUAAAAUUUGGCAGAAAAUAGAGAAUGUGUUUUUGCGAAAAACUUAAGUGACUGGAAGGUUGAUUACACCCUUACAUUUACAUUA